AUGUCAGGUUUUAAAGCAGCCUUGAAGGGCAUCAAUGAUGCCGUCAGAUCUCAUAACUUUGAUGACGCCAUUACAAAGUCCCAAGACUUGCUGAAGAAGGACCCCCAGAGUUACCAGGCAAACAUUUUCUUAGCUUUUGCUUUGGACAAAAAGGGCAGAACAGAAGACGCAGAAAAGGUCUACAAGACAGCGGCAAGCCUGCGCCCCGAAGACGGUCAGGCCUGGCAAGGUCUGGUCAAGCUCUACGAAAAGCUCGGCCCCCAAAAGCUUGGAGAUUACCAGCAUGCCGUCGUCAAUCUAUCUCACAUCUUUCACAGAGCGGACGAUGCGUACAAGUCGCAGGAUGUUGUAGACAAAUUUGUGGAUUUUGCAAGAGUCAGGGGAGAUCGUCUACAGUACGCCGACGCUCUCUGGAUCCGGCUUCCCGAGAGCCCUCUCUAUUCUUUUCUUGAAGGCCGAUUCCCUGCACCAGCCAAGACCUACGAAACCAUUGCCGUGAUUCUCGAGGAUUUCGAAAAGAAGCGCAUAAACACACUCGUCGGAGAACGAAGAACUCGACUCGGUGCGAGACUGAACGAGGUUACUCUAGAGGUGAAGCGUGAAGUCUAUGCGCAAAGUAGAUUGGAACAUAUUUACCAGCAGCUCAUCAACUGGACCACCGACGAUGAAUUGAGACGCACAUACGAAGAGAAGCUUAUUCAGUAUUGUCAUGAUCGUCUUCUGGCCCUUCCGGCAGGCGAGCAAAAGAGUGCGGAGCUUGCAAAGGUAAUUGGCCUCGCCAAUGACAUGGUUGUUAUCAAGCAUCCUUUUCGACUCGCGUGGGAUAUCGCCAUCAACUGGCAAGAUCACAAGGAGAUCAAAGACUGGAGCCCCGAAUUGAUACACGGCUACUGCAUUCAUUUCCCUGAAAGCGAUUUGUACAAAGUCAUCACUGCUUUCCUCACCUCGCCCGUAUCGCCAUUUCCAGCUGCUGCGGCUGCACCGAAGCCAUCUGCCGACGAGUUGACCGACGACAGCGACGAUGAUGACGACGGUGGUGUGCCCACUUCGGUCAUCCCUCUCAGUGACGAAGACCGCAUCAUUAUGAUUACAGAAGGUAUUGCUGGCACGGAGUCAUCGUUUGCGUAUCGGCUCGUCGGCGAGUUCUUUCUUCAUUAUGGAGAAUAUGAGAGUACAGUCGAGUACAUGCGAAAAGCGCUACCGUUCAUUACCAAAGAGCAGGCGUUGAGCACGCUUGACUUCACAAAAACGGCGGAUGCCUACUGUCUGUGUCUGGGUACUUCGCUCGUUUACUACCAGUCACCGCGACACCACGCUGAGGCAAAGAGCCUAUUCGAGAAGGUCUUGAGCCACGAUGCCUCGACUACUCGUGCUAUGAUCGGUGUGGGUCUAAUAUACGAGGAGGAGGAAGAAUACGAUCAAGCUAUCGACUUUCUUGAGCGAGCUUUGCAAAAGGAUGCCAAGAACAUCAGGGUCAAAUCAGAAGCCGCGUGGGUCAAAGCACUGAAAGGCGACUACCGGCCUGCCGCUGAUGAGUUGCGCGAAUGUCUCAAGGCUCUGAAUGUCAAAGAACCAAACAAGGAACUCCUUGCAGACGCGCAGUAUCGUCUGGGCUCCUGCCUGUGGAAUCUCGACACAUCUCGCCAGGCCAGAAAGCAGCGCAAAGGAGAGUGCGCUUAUGCAUACUGGCUCGCAGCUUUGAACAAUAACCUCGACCACGCGCCCUGCUACACGAUGUUGGGUAUAUUCUAUAACGAUUAUGUCAAGGACAAAAAGCGUGCUCGUCGCUGUUUCCAAAAGGCUCUGGAGCUAUCUUCCUCGGAAGUGAUAUCUGCUGAGCGGCUCUCACGCUCUUUCGCUGAUGAUGGCGACUGGGAUAGAGUUGAGCUGGUUGCCCAACGUGUUGUGAACUCUGGCAAGGUUAAGCCACCUCCUGGGUCCAAGCGAAAGGGCAUCAGCUGGCCAUUCGCUGCUCUCGGAGUUGCGGAGCUGAACAAGCACGAGUAUCACAAAGCCAUUGUCUCCUUCCAGUCAGCAAUUCGACUCGCGCCAGAGGACUACCACUGCUGGGUUGGCCUCGGUGAGAGCUACCACAAUUCUGGAAGAUACGUCGCAGCUACCAAGGCAAUCAUGAACGCCCGAAAGCUGGAGGAGCAGUCGGACAAGGACAUGUCGGCCGAUGCUUGGUUCACCAAAUUCAUGCUUGGUAAUAUCAAGCGUGAGUUGGGGGAGUAUGACGAAGCCAUUGGACUCUAUCAGUCUGUCAUCAAGACUCAUCCGGGCGAAGAAGGUGUCAUUAUCGCAUUGAUGCAAACUAUGGUGGACAAUGCCCUGAUUAGUGUCGAGAAGGGGCAGUUCGGCAAGGCUAUUGAGUUUGCUACGGAAACAGUCAAAUUCGCGACGACGGCGGAAGAGAAUGUUCUCGCAACUUUCAACUUUUGGAAGACUAUGGGUGAUGCUUGUUCAAUAUUUUCCUCGGUUCAGAGUCGUACCUCCGGAUUUCCGUUGGGUGAUAUCCGAGCGAUUCUUGCCAAAGCUCCCAAAGAAUCGUUCGAAAUCAGCGCCGAUGUUGAUAAAGUCAGCACGGAUAUCGUCUCCGCUGAAGGAAUAUAUCCCGAAGACGAGCAGCCUGGUGUCGAGCUGACAAGAUGCAUUCAAGCUACCAUUUUGUGCCACAAGGUUGCCGUUCAUGCCGUAUCCAAGGAUAUACACGCCCAAGCUGUUGCCAUGUUCAAUCUCGGCUGGGCUGAAUUUAGGGCGCACACGUGCUUACCAGCUCACAUGCGCAAGAAAUCUAGCAACUACCUCAAGGCAGCCGUCAGAUGCUUCAAACGUGCUAUUGAGCUCGAGGCUGGUAAUGCCGAUUUUUGGAAUGCGCUGGGUGUAGUGACGAGCGAAGUCAACGGCUCCGUCUCACAGCAUUCAUUUGUGCGAAGCAUACACAUAGAUGAGCGCAGUCCUGUGGGGUGGACAAAUCUUGGUGCACUCGCCCUCUUGUCUGGCGACUUCAAGGUGGCCAAUGAAGCCUUCACCAGAGCACAGUCCACCGAUCCCGACUAUGCACACGCCUGGCUUGGUCAAGCAUUUGUCGCUCUUCUGUACGGCGACGCCAAAGAAGCGCGCGGUCUCUUUACCCACGCGAUGGACAUCUCUGAAGCAUCGUCACUGUCAGUUCGUCAGCAAUACUCUUCGUCCAUGUUUGAUCAUAUCCUCGUGGGGCCGACGAAUGUUAGCGUUGCUUCCCUCUUGCAACCCGUCUUUGCGCUCAAUCAAGUGCAGAGCAUGCGGCCGCAAGACUUUGCUUUUGGUCACCUUGCCAGCUUGUUUUUGGAGCGUACCCACGACCAUACGCGCGCAGUGGAGAUUCUACAGAAGAUUUGUUCCAGCAUUGAAGCGGACUAUGAGCAGACGGAGUCUCCGCUGAGCCUUGCACGAUUUACACUAGCAAGAAUCGAUCUUGCUCGCGCGUAUCUUGCGUCCAAGUCGUACGAGAAUGCCAUUGAAUGCGGCGAGAUGGCCCUUGGACUAAGCAGUGAUGAGCAAGAUAGCGAACUUACUAGCGAGCAACGCAAAAAGGCGCGACUCUCGGCGCACUUAACGGUCGGUCUUGCUCAAUUUUACGAAAAAGACUUUGAUGAGGCGGAGAAGUGUUUCGAGGCUGCUCUGCAAGAGUCUGACAACAAUCCGGACGCAACCUGCCUAUUGUCUCAAGUUUUAUGGGCUCAAGGUACAGAAGAAUCCAAAGAGAAGGCGCGCUCCUCGCUAUUUGAGGUAAUUGAAGCGCAUCCCGGUCACAUCCAGAGCGUGCUGCUGCUUGGGGUGAUUGGCCUGCUUGACGAGGAUGAGGGCAGCCUGGAAGCUGUCACCGAGGAGCUGCAGGGCCUACGCACAAACGACAAUGUCACUAGCAAGGAGCAGGCGCAAAUCGGUGAGGUGUUGCGUGCCAUUGCCGCGCUCGCCGAGGGCAAGACGGCCGACGAGGCCACGGCGCAGAUGCAGACGGAUAUAAUGCUGCACCCACACCUGCCGCACGGCUGGUCGGCGCUGGCGGCGUCGGCAGGCGACAAGUACGCCGCGCAGGUGUCGCUAAAGGUGGCUCAGAGAGGUAUACCACCUCGCGGGCAGCUGGACGCGAGUGAUUUGGUGGGUUCGUACGCAGGGACCGGCGCGGUUGGCGACUCGCAAAGAGCGGCGUUCCUCGCGCCAUGGGAGACGGUGGGGUGGUCGUCGCUGAAGAUGACGACGGAGGGAAUCUAG